AUGGCUAUCCAUUACUUGAUUCUCCUGUCGAGGCAGGGCAAAGUGCGUCUUGCCAAAUGGUUUACCACUCUGUCCCCGAAAGAAAAAGCCAAGAUCAUCAAGGAUGUGACUCAGCUUGUGCUCUCGCGCCGGACGCGGAUGUGCAACUUCCUUGAGUACAAAGAUUCCAAAGUCGUCUACCGCCGUUAUGCCUCCCUCUUUUUCAUCGCCGGUUGCGCCUCGACCGACAACGAGUUGAUCACCCUCGAGACCGUCCACCGAUACGUCGAACAAAUGGACAAGUACUACGGAAACGUCUGCGAGCUUGAUAUCAUUUUCAAUUUCCAAAAGGCAUACUUUAUUCUGGACGAACUCCUGCUGGCAGGAGAGAUGCAGGAAAGCAGCAAGAAGAAUGUUUUGCGGUGCAUAAGUCAACAGGACAGCUUAGAAGACAUGGAGGUUGAGGAGGACGUGGUUACGAAGAUCAUGUAG